AUGUCUUCCUUCCUCAGAGCUGCCGCCUCGCGGCGUGCGGGCCGAGUCCGUCUCAGAGUCCAUGCUGGAAUCCGCGGAGCAGCUGAUGGUGGAAGACCUCUACAACCGGGUGAAGGACAUGAUAGACGACCGCAGCCCCUACAACACCCCGUGUGUGCUGGACAUCCAGAGGGCCAUGGUGCAGGACCGGAUGGAGGCUGCCAGCAACCCCGUGGACGAGGUGUGGCCCAACAUCUUCAUAGCCGAGAAAUCCGUUGCGGUCAACAAGGCUCGUCUGAAGCGAAUGGGCAUCACCCACAUCCUCAACGCGGCCCACGGCACGGGGGUGUACACGAGCGAGACUUUCUACGCCGGCAUGAACAUCCAGUACAUGGGCAUCGAGGUGGACGACUUCCCCGACGUCGACAUCUCGCUGCACUUCAGGCCCACCGCCGAGUUCUUGGACGACGCUCUGCUGACACACAAGGGAAAGGUUUUGGUGGUCUCCAUGAUGGGCGUCAGCCGCGCCGCUGUCCUGGUGGCGUCCUACCUGAUGAUCUUCCAGCACAUGACCAUAAUGGAGGCGCUGACGUCCAUGAGGAAGAAGCGCGCCAUCAACCCCAACGAAGGCUUCCUGAAGCAGUUGAGAAAUCUCAACGAGACCCUGAUGGAGGAGCGCGACGAUGACGACGAAACGCUCAGCCAGUGCUCCGUCAUCGAUGCACGCGCACGCGCUCGCAUCUUCGGUGAGAACGAGUGUGACGAGGAUGAGGAUACCGAUAAAGAGGAAGAGCAGAGUAUGAUCGAGGUGAAAGCGCACUCCAUCAUGAUGGAGGAGGAGGAGGAUGGAGAGAGCGUGAUGAGCAGCGUAGCCUCCUCCGCGGCAGCUGCAGCGCUCCGGAGCGGAUUGACAAGAGCUCAGAAUGGGCAGGACAGCCAGGUGCCGGGCUGCAUUCAGGAAGAGAUUUUACUACCUGAGCAAAAGGGCGGAGAGGACAGCGAUGAUGAUGACGGCCUUGACAGCAUGAUCCGGGAGUGGCAGAAGAAGAACGAGAAAUACCAGAACGACGACUGGUGGGAGGCGCAGCUCAACAGCGAUGGAGAUGAUGAGGAAUCUCUUGCAGAGGGCCAAGCAAAGCAGACGAAAGAACGUGUAGACGCCGACGUUGAGAGUGUCACAAGCGAGGACGUACGAGCUGUGAAAGAGCGGUUGAAGCGUCGCAUUAGACGUCCACAGUCCGACGCAGUGUCCACCUCCAGCUGCACGAGUUACUCCGAUCUUUGGAAGCAGCGGCUGAGGGAAAUCGAGGAACAAGCCGCCGCUCGCUACCACAAGAAGGAGGAUGACGAAGGCAGCGAGAGCACCCCAACCGAAGGCGGGAAGAAGAAGAUUGAUGACGAGGUGGAGAGCAUCCUCUCCGACACCAGCUCCAUGUACAACUUCUGCCAGAAGAACAAGGAGAAGAUGACGGCUCUGGAGCGCUGGCGCGUCAAGAGGAUCCACUUUGGCUGGAACAAGAAAGACCGAGAGGACGGCGAGAAGAGUUCAGUGGGAGAUGGAGACAAAGGGGACGGCGAGGGAGAAGCAAAGACGCCAUCCUUCCAAGAUGUCAACCUGACUGCGUACCAGGCGUGGAAGCUGAGGCAGCAGAAGCGCCUUGGUGAGGAGAACACGGAUGAGAUCUUGGAGAUGAGUCGCGGUGAGGACUCGGCGACGGUCAAACGGAGGCAAAGACGCGAGGAGAUCCUGGAGCGCUCAAAGAAGAACUUAGAAGAGAGUCAGUCCAUAUGUGGUUGGGAGAACGAGAGCUGCAUCAGUGGCGCUACGAUCCCUCUCUCCGCCUUCUGGGCUGGCGCCGGCGUCACGGGCCCGCCAAGUGUCACCAAUGAUGACAACAUGUCCAUGCUGAGCGGUAGGUCGUCUGUUAUAUCCUCAGUGUCUCAGGCUCGCAGCUUGAGAUCAGCACAGUGUGUGAAUCCCAUGACGCUGGUUCCUCCGAUCCUCCCAGUUCCUCCUGUGCAGGGCCCCGGAGGUGAACCCAUGGUCAAUCUGGCCAGCAUUCAGAACUGGAUCGCUAAUGUCGUCUCUGAAACCAUCAAGCAGAAGCAGAGCGAGAUGAGCCUGCCUCCUCCGUCACGCGCUGGAUCGGAGCUUAGCUUUGGCGGUGCGACGAGCCUGGUGUCAGGCCGAGGCCUGGACGAUGACAAAGCGUCCUUGUUGAGCGGUGCUUCCUAUUCCAGUGCUCUGUCACAGGGGCGAGGCAGGGCAGCGUCAGUCCUCUCAGCAACUGGGUCGAACAGCGCCUCUGGUCUCGCUGGAAGAAGCUCUGCUCUGGGAUCCACGCUCGGCUCCUCUCUGGGCUCCAAGAAAAACAAGAUCACCACCACCAGCGUGCCUCUGUUCAGCCUCUUCCAGGACCAGGUGGACAUGGGGAAACUGGACGCCAUGGACAAGGAGAUGAAGUCUGAGAUGAGGGGCAAGAUGGCCUCCUACGAGAAGAAGAAGAUCCUGGAGGACAACAAGCGCAGCACGCUCUACAAGAAAAAGAAACCAAAGGAGGACGAAGAUGAGGAGGAGGAGGAGGAGAGAAAGCAGAAGGAGGAGGAGUUUCUUGAGGAAGCAAAGAAAAAGCCAAAACCUGCGAGGACUUUCGGCCUCUCUGGGUGCCUGAAUCUCAACCCUGCGCUGGAGAAAGACAAGAACACCAGCAUCGAUGACUGGCUGACCAGCGUCCGGCCUCCCCCGAGGAAGCCGGCCUCUGCAGCCGACGUCGUCCCACCGGAGGAUCCCUACGAUGACCUUGAUGCCUCAGCUUCCGAAUUUGACUUCUCGAGCCGCAGGGCGUCCUAUGCUGUCAACGACGAAGAGGAGGAAACUUAUGGCGUCGCCUCCAGAUACAGGUCCAGGUUACAUGAGGAUGUGUCGAGUGCCAACAGGUGCAACGGUUUCUCGCAGUCCGACAGCUACAGCCAGACGGGGCGGGCGUACGCCGAGAGCGACGAGGGGACGGAGAGCCACCACGACCUCAACACAAAGAGGAAGUUUGCCCACCGCUCGAGAUAUGAAAACAGCGAGACGGAGGUGAGGAGGAGUAGGAGGGUGGAAGCCAGCAACGAGGAGAAGGACGACGACGACGACAUCGCCACCUUCAUCGCCCAGACCAGGCAGAGGGCGAGAGCUCGGGCUGCAGCCGAGGCCGAAGACGACGAGGUGCUCACGGCUUGGAGGGUGCAGCAGGAAGCCAGAUCACAGAGCAGAGGUGACCCUUAGAGGAAUCUACUGAUGCAGUUUUAGAAAAUAAGAGUCAAGUCUGCUAGCUCAAACUCAUCGUGGACUUUAAAUCCGAAGAAUUUAGGUUAAAACAUUCAUGUUAUCUUGCAAAUCCUAAAAUCUAUUGAAAACAAGUGCACUACUGUUCUGGAGAAAAUUAGCAUUUUUGCUUUCUCAUCAUGCAUUUAAACUUUAUAAGGAUGAAUAUUUAGAGCCUUGUUACUUAUAAAACUAGUUAAAUCCAAAAUGAAGGUUUUGGUUGCACACAUGUUGAAUAUAAAACUGAUAUUUUCGUUGAAGAUGAUGUGAAAAACAAAGCAAAUCCUGUUUGUAUCGUAAUGUUAUUUUAAU